AUGACUACACGAGGCUGUUGCGCCCGCUGUGCGCAUAUCAAACAAAGAUGCGAUGGUGAUUCACCAUGUUCACGCUGCAAACGUCUAGGACAUAUCUGCAAACCCCGAUCUCUAGAUGAGGAUCCAGUCUUGAGUCGCGGAUCAUCUGCGCGCCGGCCCCGUGCAUCGCGGUCCCGGGGCGGCUGUUUACCCUGCAAGACAAGGAAGAAGAAAUGUGAUGAGAAUCGUCCCAAGUGCAGCGACUGCCGCCGCCUGAAUUUCCCCUGUGAGUGGCCAGCUCCGGCUAUCGAUGUUGAAAUGCACAGUCCCCGCGUGGAUGAUACUUCUUCGCCUGCAUCCUUUCCCUCUGUCUCUGCCGAUGCCAUUCCGAUUGAUGAUUCCGACGGCGGUCCGCCUCCGCUCAGCCCCGUUACCCCUUCCGAUGAUGAGGAGUUUAUUGCCACGCUCUUUCCCCAUCCCGUACCCAGGAAGAAUACUGUGGCAUUGCCACUGUGUCGAUCUCCUAUCUCUGCGAACCCUCAUUUGCGGACAGAAGAAGAUCGUUCGCUGUUCAACCAUUAUAUCCACGUCGUGUCAAGAGCUCUAUCGCGCUCUCAGGAUGUAGAUCGGAACCCAUUCUUGGUUACUCUUUUGCCGCUAGCUGCAGUUUCGGAUACGGUGACCAGUGUGAUUUUGAGUUUGAGUGGCUGCCAUUGGAAGAGAGUCUAUCCGACUAUCUGGGGCUUUGGCACAAAAUUGUUUGAUGGUACAUCUCGAGUUUGGAAGUGGCAUCUGAAGGCCGCCAGCGCGAUCCUGAAGUCUCCUGCCUUCCAAACUCUCAUUUCAUCCGACGAGUGGACAUUCUGCAUAAGUCUGUUCCAUUAUCUAGACUCUAUGUCGACUAUCUCUCGUUGCAAGGCACCCCUGUUACAGAACAACGAUAAUAUAACAGAUCUUACAAGCUCAUUACGACGGAGCAGUGUGGCGGAUCCUGAUCGAACGCAAUCAUCUGAUGCAAUUUACGGUAUCUCUCCGGCGUUGUUCGAUUAUCUCGGGAUGGUCAAUCUGCUAGCCAAUCAUCGAAGUAGACGCGUCGACGAACUUUCUGAAGUCGGGUUCAGAGCUGCGGCCAACCAUCUUGAAGAUCGGAUUGAUGACUGGCGCGCUGAUUAUGACCGCAAGUCCCACGCUAAUUUGGACCGCGAUACGGACCGCGCUACUACUGCUUUUGAGUGGGCGAUUAGACUUCGGCUGCAUCAAAUUGUGGAGGGGUACGAUGCCUUGCAUGAGUUUGUGGAGCGCUGCGUUAUUACUAUUUUGGAAUCUGUACAGGAGAUUCCUUAUGCAAGCAGAGUCGAGGGAUGUCUUUUAUUCCCGCUUGUCAUCGCUGGGUCCAGCAGUAUUAGUGUCGAACGGCGAAUGAUUGUGAAGGAGAGACUCAUGGUCAUGGAAAAUACCCUUGGAUUCAGUCAUAUUCAUCAUGCUCGCCAACUCCUGGAGACAGUUUGGAAAGGGGGAACAGUCCUUCAGACUUGA